AAGACCCUCUCUUGUUUUCACCUGAAAUUAGCUUUACUUGGUGAACUACACAAACCCGAAGGAGAAAAUUCUACAAGGUGAAAUGUACUUUGCAAUUUAACAUGUAUGAUAUUUUCAUCUUUUUCUCUGUUGUUUCUUGCAGUUGAAGAGUGGUCAAGGAGAAAAAUCCUUAAAGCAGCAAUGUUUAAUCAAACAAUGUCACAGACAAAACACAACAGUUCAUGCCAAAAAUGUUGCCAAAACACAACAGAGGGCGAGCAGGAUGUGAUUUUUGUUGUCGUUUAUACAUUGGUCUUCAUUGCUGGACUAGCCUUCAACCUCACGGCGCUUAAGAUUUUCUUUAGCAACUCAAAGUCACGGUCGCACACCACCGUCUACAUGAUCAACCUAGCCUUUGCAGAUCUUCUCCUGAUUUCUACCCUUCCUCUGCGAAUCUAUUACCAUAGAGGUUUUAAAGAUCUGAAUCAGAAAAUCUGUGAAUUUGCUGGACUCAUACUUCUAGCUAAUAUGUAUGGAAGUAUCUUCCUCCUUACAAGCAUUAGCUUCGACCGGUGUGUAGCCGUGUGCUUCCCGAUGUCCUCUUGUGUUCGCGAGGGUCGAAAGAAAGCCUGGUGCGUGUGUCUGGGAAUCUGGGUCUUAACUAUAGGAACGAGCUUGCCAAUCUACUUCAGACAGGUUCUACUGAACGAUUCUUCCAAUACGACGGUGCAAAAACAUUGUUUCGGGGACUUUCCUGUGCAUGCCACUCAAACUGCUACUCUCAUCGCUACAUUAAUCAUUGGAUUUGGGAUUCCAUUGACUGUUAUGAUUCUCAGCUCAUGGGGGCUCGUCCGAGCUAUAAGAAAAAGCAUUGCUGCCCAGACCAGUGAUCUAGUAGACAGCAAAAGGAUCAAGAGGAUGAUAACAACUAACUUGGCCAUCUUUCUGUUUUGUUUCCUGCCGUAUCAUUUGAUGCUGUUGAUACUGUACGUUUCUAGAAGUUCUGAAAGCAGACAAUGCUCCCUGGUGCCAGCCUACCGGUACAGCCUGAUGAUAGCUUGUCUGAAUGCAGUGCUGGACCCUCUUGCUUACUACUUCACCACAGAGACUUUUCGCAGAAAGCUGGAUGUAGGAGCUUUAAGCAGAUUAUGGCAAAUGAACAGUCACAGCUCAGAUGGAAACAACCGAACUCAAGUCCCCCUCAAUACAUAAGUCAUACUUCGAACUGCAUAAACUUAGGAUCGAAAUGAGUAUGCAUGGAGGUCUCUCAUGCUUGACAUUACAGUUUUUAUGCCUACUCAUAUACAGCUUUCAGAGGAAGGAAAGAUAACCGUAUGACUCACAUGUUGCAGCAUCUCAUUUUCACUUGCAACAGAAUGAGUGUCUUUACUGUUUGAAGCAUCGUGCAUGGCAUUUAUAACUAUCCUCUCUGCAAGACACAAAGUUCAACGUUGUCUGUAUAAGAGAGUCAAAGCCACAAGAGAUGUCUUACACCUUUAUGACUGUUGUUUGAACUAUUCUUGAUACAGUGGUCCAGCCUCCUCUAGUAGAGGUUUAUUGACUUUCUGAGAUAUGCUCUUCUAAAGGAAAUUUUGCCCCUUUAAUUAUAGUUAGGAAUUUUUACCACUUGGGAACAUUACUUGUUAAACAAUUAUCCUUAAAUGUCAGGUGUUGCAUUUUAUCCCUAUUACAAUGAGAGAGCAUUUUUAUCUUCAGAAGUAGUUUGUGUGGUUAUAGUUAGAUAUUACUUUUGCAAGUCUCCACGUACAGUAAGUGCUUAAUUUAGCUUAGGUAUUCUGGUAUUCUUGUGAGCCUUUUUUUAAAGUGGUUUUAACCACCCUUUUUCUGCCCUAUCAGUUUCCAUAUCCUUUCACUACUUUAAC